UCGCCCACCCACAAGAUGGUGCCUCUCGGCUGCCAUGCCGCACCCCCCGCCCGGCCGUACCUUGCUCGUGCUGGAAGUACACCCGAUAGGUGCCGGGUUCGGGGCCGGCCCGCACCUCGCACUCGCCGCCCCCCGAGCGCUUGGGGGACUGGAAGUAGCUCUGCAGCUUCAGCAUCACCUUCUCUCCGCCGUCGGGCGCGGGGCAGAGCCGCACCAGCAGCGGUACCGCCAUGGUGCCGACCGACCGGCGCCCGCUUUCGCUUUCGUUUCCCUCGGUUCCCCGCCCAGGGCCCCUUUCCUCCGGAGAGCGGCGGCGACGCUGAGGUGACAGGCAUCUACCAGAGCCAACAGUCAGAGAGCCCGGAAGACAAGCGCGGUCCAGGGCCAAGAAUGGAUGAGGGCACCGUGACAAUCCCCAUCAAUAAAGAUACUUACGAAGUUCUUAAGAAAAGAGAGAACAGUCUACGUAAUCUCACUUACAAAAAGUUUGCCUGUACAGUGACCUGUACAAAAUGUGCUGCUGAAGUAUACAGAAAAGUGUUAAAGCAGGGAAUUCACCUGUCGGUCUAUAAGGGUGAUCUUACAAGUCACAAGGUCGACGCUGUGGUGAAUGCAGCCAGUGAAAGCCUGGACCAUUUAGGAGGUCUUGCUUUAGCUCUUGUGAAUGCCGGAGGGCCAGAAAUAGUAGAGGAAAGCAGAAGUCUUAUUAGAAAAUAUGGGAAAGUCGCAACCGGCAAAAUAGCAGUGACAGGUGGAGGGAAACUUCCGUGUAAGAAAAUUAUCCACGCCGUUGGUCCAAGGUGGUACCCAUGUGAAAAGGAUAAAUGUUGUGUUCUACUUGAGGAAGCUGUUGUGAAUGUUCUGAAGUACGCCAGUGACCCAAAAAACAACAUCGAGUCUGUGGCUAUCCCAGCAAUGAGCUCAGGGGUUUUUGGCUUCCCACUUAACUUGUGUGCUCAAGUGAUUGUAAUAUCUAUAAAGCUAUUUGUUGAGACUACGCCAAGCUGCCUCAAGGAGAUCCAUCUGGUGAACAUCUGUGAGCGUACGGUAGCAGAAAUAAAAAGGGCCUGUGAGAUGUUUCUGGGUGAAGGCAGCUCGCUGCAGGAGACUGUUCCAGCUUCACUAAGCCUGCCUGCACCUGUCAUCAAACAUGGAAAUACUCAAUUGCGUAUCAUAAAGGGACACAUUGAAGAUCAAAAGACUACAGCUAUUGUUAGCUCUGUGUCUUUGGAUGGCACGUUUUGCUCUCAGAUCUCAACACCAAUGCUGCAAAAAGCAGGCCCAGCCCUUCAGGAGGAAAUUCUGUCUCAGCUGAAGCAUUUCUCCUAUUAUAAGGAGAUAAUAGUAACAAAAGGGUAUAAUCUACCCUGUGAGUUUGUACUUCACGUCAUAUGGCCGCAAUUUAACCACGUGGUACUACUGUGCGAGCAACUGAAGGAGGCAGUUAACAAUUGCCUGUGUUUUGUUCGGGAUUAUCCAUCGCCCUCAAUUUCCUUUCCAGAAAAGAAUUGGUCACUGAUGCUGCCUGAGGCUACGGUGGCAGAGACCAUGAUUGAAGAGGUGUUAGAAUUUGCCAGGAAAUAUCCUGAGAAGAAAAUAGAUGUGCAGUUCGUCCUUUGCCCAGAUGACAACGCUACCUAUCAAAUUUUCCAGGAAAAAAUGAAUUUAGCAGCAAGCAAACUGGAAAAGAAUAACAACAGAAGUGAUUAUUUGAGUACAGAGUCAAGCAGUCAAGGCAUAAAGGAGACUACAGAUAAUAAACUGGCCAUUGAACUUCAGGGGAAGACACAUUUCUCAUUGAAAGCAGCAGAAUUAUGGAUCCAAAGCUUGAUACAAACUCAGGAAAGUCACUCUGCUGUCAUUGAAAACAACUACAUUUUUAGCCUUGGUACAAAGGAAUAUGCAGAACUAUCUCGAGUGAAACAUUCUAGUGUGUCUGUGUCAGAAAAAGUGAAAGAUGGGAAAGCAAGCCUGGAAUUUCAUGGACCCCCAGAUGCUGUGAUUGAUGCAGUGCUCGCAACUGAAAAAUUACUGCUUUUUAUGCAAAAGCAUACUACAGCCAAACAAGAGGAACUGCUGCAACUAACGGGCCAACCAGACACAGAUCAGCUUUCAGAAGGACACCUUGACAAGACAAACUCUACUAGACAGUUUCAAAUGCUACAGGUAGACUCACACCUUCAGGCAUUUAAGGACAGACAGAAACAGUUUGAAAGGACUGGGCUUCACAUCCUUAAGAUUGAAAAAAUACACAAUCCCCUUCUAUCUGCUGCAUUCCAACAAAUGAAAAAAAAUCUAGAAGAAAAAGGAGUUACCUCCAAAGGCUCCCACAAGUUAUACCAGCGUGUUCCUGCUCAGUUCUGUACCUUGGUAUGCCAAACUGGAUUUCACAGGAUAUAUUCUCCACCAACAGACCAAAGAUACGGAGCUGGCAUCUACUUCAAAAGGAACCCAAACAGCCUAAUCGAGGAUGACGGGAAGGAAACAGACUCUAAAAUCUAUGUGUUUGAGGCUGAUGUACUAACAGGGUUAUACACUAAAGGCAAGCAGUCUUACAUUAUGCCACCAGCAGUGGAAGGAGAUGCCAGUAUGUUUUAUGACAGCUUAGUAGAUGACAUAAGCAAUCCUGACACCUUUGUCAUUUGCAACAGUCUUCAAGCCCUUCCAUGUUAUUUGCUGACUUGCUCCCAGGUGAAGGAGAGUCCCACGGACCUCUGAGGAAACCAGCAGCGACCUGAGGAGAAAUUAGUCAGAACUGUGGCUCUUGGGAUGCCCCCCUCAGAACAAACUCUACUGCUUAGAUUUCAAGAGGGUGCUCUGCCUACUCACAUGCUGUGAUGUAAGGGCCUCUUGACAGCUCUGAAACAGCCUUGAGGAAAAGUAAGCUGAUAAGAUUAAGGAGAUUAGGACAAAGUGAUCUAGAAUUAAAAAUGAAUGGAAAACAUCAUAAACUAGUUUAAAAUUGUUUAUAUGUCUUAUAGUAUUCUUAGCAUGUGAAGCAUGUGACUAUCUUACAGGUUUGCAUUUUCUUUCUUUCAUGACGCUGUCUUAAUCUAAAGGUACUGCAUAUAGUUUUGAAACCCAAGAAAUCCAGGUUGGUUUGAUUCUUACACUUGGGAAUGCACCCUGAUGUAUGAAAGCAUCAAGUGAAUGCUGUUUUCCACCUCAGGAUUUGUUGUUCAGUAAAGUUAUGACAAACGUGAGGCAGUUCUUCAAGAUUUCUAACGGUAGUUGCUAUUAGUUUUUAUUAGUUAAGAGAUUUGAAGCAGUAUAGAUUCAUAUAUUCAAAAUAAAGAGUACAAAUAAUA